GGAUGAAUAAUACUUUUGGGUCUGGAGGAGCACUCCUCUUCUUGUUCCUUGUUCUUCUCACUCUCUACCCAUUAAUAAUAAAAGCUCCACUCUUUUCUUGGGUUACCCGUUUCCCCGGAUCGAUCGCUCUCUCUCUCUCUCUCUCUCUCUCUCUCUCUCCCAAAGAUUGCUCUUUUGUUCCUUAAAUCUCUGCCUCUGUCUUCAGUCCUGCUAUUAGAUCAUAUAGAUCGUCAACGAUUGCUGUUCUUGUCUGAAACAGUUUAAGUACAUUUGUUUUGAGGAUCUGGAUUAGCUCGAAACUCGAGUUUGGGGUGUUGAGGGGAAGCCUUGCUUAUAUAACCAGCACUUCUGCAAAGCAUAAUCCUUGAGGUAGAUUAGCUUUCAUAUAAGAUGUUGGGGGGCAACAAUGCUAAUUCCAUGCUACCUGUUUUCAUGGAUGAUCGCUUCCCUUAUCCAACAAAUGCUUCAAAUCAGCUUCAAUUGUUUGGAAAUGUACCAGCUGGAUGUAAUGUUGAUCCAGUAAAUUAUUUUGGAACUGAGCAUAUUACUCCCAUGAUUCGGCCUAACAAACGAACCAGGGAAAUUGAAGAUAUCUCAAGAAAGCAGAAGCUUCAAAUUUCUGUGAAGUAUAAUGUCUGUCAAGAUGAAGCUGAUCGCUCAGCUAGCAUCCCAAACCUGAACCAUGUAUCAACAGGUUUAAGGCUAUCGUAUGAUGAUGAUGAGCGCAACUCAUCUGUUACCUCUGCUAGUGGAAGUAUGACAGCAGCACCAUCAAUGAUUUUAUCCCUAGGGGACAAUAUCAGGACCGAGCUUGAUCGGCAAAAAGAAGAAUUUGAUCAGUACAUCAAAAGUCAGGAGGAACACUUGGCAAAGGGGGUCCGAGACAUGAAGCAGAGACAUGUGGCUUCUUUUCUUACUGCUAUAGAGAAGGGUGUAGGCAAAAAGCUACGUGAGAAAGACAUAGAAAUUGAGACUAUGAACUGUAAGAACAGGGAAUUGGUUGAUAGAAUAAGACAGGUAGCUGGCGAAGCCCAGAAUUGGCAUUACAGGGCUAAGUACAAUGAGUCAGUUGUUAAUGUUUUGAAGAACAACCUCCAGCAAGCAAUUUCACAGGGUGCUGACCUAGGUAAGGAGGGUUUUGGAGACAGUGAAGUCGAUGACACUGCCUCAUAUAUUGCUCCGAAUAAUUACCUGGCUGUUCAAGGUGGGCCAGCCAAAUCUGUGCCCAAGAAUUACCUAGGGGUGAAGGAGCAAAUGGAUUGCAAAGCAUGCCGAGCAAAAGAGGUGUCUAUCUUGUUAAUGCCCUGUAGGCACCUGUGUUUAUGUAAGGACUGUGAUGAGUUCAUCAGUGUUUGCCCCAUAUGUGAGUCCAUGAAAACGGCUAGUUUCCAAGUGUACUUGUCGUAAAUUACUGAAGCUAGCAAAUUAAAAAGGAAAGUCUUUGGCUGUUGAUAUAUAAUGUGUGAUCUUGUACUCUGUUUACUUGAAAUCAAAAUAUCUGUAUCCGGAGUAUCCUGGCUGUCUU